AUGGCUUCCUCCAUGAUGGCCUCCACCACCGCCGUGGCUCGUGCCAGCCCCGUCCAGUCCAACAUGGUGGCGCCCUUCUCUGGCCUCUGCUCCACAUUCCGGAUCACCCGCAAGACUAAUGCCGACCUGUCGACCCUCCCCAGCAACGGGGGAAAGGUCCGCUGUAUGCAAGUGUGGCCGCCGGAGGGGAAGAAGAAGUUCGAGACCCUCUCCUACCUCCCAGAUCUCAGCACUGAGGCCCUCGUCAAGGAGAUCGAGUACCUCCUCCAAAACAACUGGGUUCCUUGCCUCGAGUUCUCGAAGGUAAUCCUUCUCCCCCAUACUUAAUUGCUUCUCUGUCUCUCUCUCCGUCAAUCUACCUAUCUCUAGGUGUUUCUCUCUGCGCAGUGACUCCUCUGAUCUCUCUCUCCCUGUCUCUGUCUGUCUCCCUCUCUCUCUCGCUCUCUGUGUCUGUCUCUCUGUCUCUCACUCACUCUAUCUCAAUCUCUGAUCGGGGGAGCAGGAAGGAUUUGUCUACCGCGAGAACCACAGCUCGCCAGGGUACUACGACGGGCGGUACUGGACCAUGUGGAAGCUGCCCAUGUUCGGUUGCACCGACGCCACACAGGUUAUCGCUGAGCUUGAGGAGGCCAAGAAGGCCUACCCGAAUUACUUCGUGAGGAUCAUCGGCUUCGACAACAAGCGCCAGGUUCAGUGCGUCAGCUUCAUCGCCUACAAGCCCCCGGGCAACUAA